AGAGGUUUACAUGAGUUUGUUUGGCGUUUAUGGGGUUGCUCAGAUACUGCAAUGCUUGGGUUAUACGGGCGUUGGGAGGCUUUUUGACGGCCUUGGAUGGAAAGUAUUUUGGGGAAAUUUUUCUGUAUAUAGUAUAAGAAGGGCUUAUACUCAACAAGAGGAAUAUUUAACAACAGGACUUUAAUACAUUGAGGUAUCUACUUGUACUUUUGUU